CUCACUACCUCACCAGACUUUUCCACAUAUUACUAUUACUUUCCUACUACUUACUACUAGGCGUUAUUAUCUUUCAGUAUUAGUUUAUAUAAUUGUAACCUACUCUACAUUUAUUUAGAUAAUAAAUAACAGAAAACACACUUUGCCCACACGGAGGCGCCCAAACGUCGCUUCAAGCAGAAAAGUGAUUGGUGUCACACUCUAAACGAUCCCCGCGUAUUACCGCUCGUUAUAAAGAGUUCCUGUUCAGUGUCAACAUGUCGGGCAGUCGGAAACCCCGCUCAGUGGCCAACACUUUAGAAACAGCUAUAACUACACCGAGCGAGAGGAUUCUAAAAGAAUGUCACAGUCUGUAUAUCGACGAGGAAAACGGCCUUGUGAAAAUAUCCUCCAGUCUGGGUCUGAUCCUGCUGCCCCCUCGAAAGAAGAUAAUAGUGAUGAUUCUGGGUAAUCACUCAGCCGGGAAAAGCUCCUUUAUUAACUGGUAUGUCGAGGAGCACAUUCAGAAAUCAGGCGUUGCCAUAGAAACGCAAGGGUUCACCUUCAUAACCAGUGGCAGGAAACGAGAAUCGCUAACCGGCAAUGCCACGCUGCAUCUUUACCCGCAUUUCCGACCGCUCCUGGAGUUUAAAGGUCUCAUGGACUACCUGUCUGCUGAAAUCUCCACCUCAAAGCAGAAGAAAUUCAGCCUGGUGACGUUUGUAGACACGCCCGGGCUGGUGGACGGAGACAUGGCGUAUCCCUUCGACGUCAACGGCGCCAUCACGUCUUUCGGCGAGCAGGCGGAUCUGAUCUUCGUGUUUUUUGACCCAAUGGGCCAGGCGCUGUGUAAGCGAACGCUCGACAUCGUGGAGAAGCUGAGCGAGAAAUGCGGAGACAAAUUACGCUUCUAUCUCAGCAAAGCUGACGAAGCAGGACGUGAGACAGACAGACAGAGAGUAAUGAUGCAGAUAGUUCAAGAGCUGUGCCGCAGACCAGGACUCAACAAAUGUGGCUUUGAAAUGCCGACGAUAUACAUCCCUAAUCCACAGAGACCGAGCAGGUGCGUGAAUCAGAUCGACGAGGUGUGCGAGACAAUAGAGAAGAGCAUUAACCAAGCGGUGCAGAAGACCUUGGACCAGCUGGAGAAAGACUGUGACCUCAUCACCUCCACCAUCAGCAACAAGCUGGAGCAGGACAGGAGUAACGUGAGUUAUAACAAGAGCAGCCGCUUUAACGCUUUCCUCUGCGGGUUCCUGGCCAUCUUCCUUCCCGUCGCCUUCAUCGUCAGCUUUCUCAUCAGUACAUUUCUCCCGGACGAUCUAGGAGCCCUGGUGGGGGAGGGGCUUGCCACGACGCUCUACACUCUUAUGGGAAUAGUGCUGUAUCUGUGGGAGUGGAUCCCUGAAGACGGACAGGUCGUGGCGGUGAUAGUCUUCGGCGUGACCUGCUACUUUUUCCUUUUCCUCGCCAGGUAUUUUGCACGCCAGGGCACUAAAACUCUCACCAAGAAAGAGAAGAAGAAUCUAAUGGAGCGCAGUGAAUAUGUUAAAGAUGUCCUCAAAGCCAAAAAGAAGAAACUCUACGAAGAAUACCUGAAGCAGUGCGCGGCCGAGUACGACUUCAACUGAACGCAGGAGGAUUCCCCGAACGACAGGAAUUUCCUGGCAGGAGAAUGUAGCAAGCACGUCUCAGGUUAAACCUUAAUGUCGGUUCAUUAUUAAGACAAAUGUACUACACGCACAAACUCUGUAUUUCGUACAUGCCGUAUAGGGAUCGGUCGUAUGCGGUCAAACUUCCGAAGUGACAAAAAUACUCAGUGCCUUUUUUGUUUAACGUGAAUGAACGAUCCUGUGAACUAAACACCAGCCUGUAUGUAUUAAUCCCACAUACGAGUCAAUACACUGCACUGAUUCGAUGAAGUCUUAGGAGACAUAUCGAUGUAUUUAGAGCCAGAUCUCAAGUAAGUAGGCUCGACAAGCUAACACGUGAACUGUGAACGUCGAUUCGCUUUUUUUUUUUAGCCGAGUAAACAAUAGACUGUGACUUUUGAUCAAACGAAGCUGUGGUUUUAAUUUUUUAUCGUUUGUUGAAACAUGUGAACGUUUAUGUGCGUCAGACGUUUGUACUUUUGUUUGUACUUUUCUAGAUCAUGCUGUGGUCUUGAUCUUAAAGCAUAAUCGUCGGCAUUUUACUUUGCUUGUAGUAGAAUGUUAUAUUAUAGUAGAAAAUUCUAUAAUAGCACUCAAAACCACACCCUAUUCACUGUAUUCAUUUAAUUCGAUUGACUUGGUAUCUAAAGGUAAGAGAUGAUGAUGAGAAAAUUUGGGCUGCAUUGUAAAAGAUCUAAUCUGAGUCUUCCAUGUCAGAUUAUACAAUGAUGAUCCUGUAAAUAUAGAGCAGUGAUCGCAAAGUUUUGCUCAUGAGUCAGUGUGAGCCAGACUUAUUCAGAAAGUCUUGUUUAUUAACAUGCUUCAUUAGCAUAAUUACAUAAUUGCGUAUAUGUGUGUAUCGGUGACCAGUGAUAGUAAGUGAAAAUGUUUGACACUGACAGAAAAUCUUGUCGAAUGCUUUUGGUCCCGGCGACACCAAAACAACCAGCAGAUCUCUACUCGUGAGCAAAGAAUUUUUUUUUCAACGAUAAAGAAACUAAUUUUGUCUACGAGAACAAAGUCGGGAUAAAAAACACACACAGUGUCGACACACUGAUACAGAUGCACACCUGACGUCCUGUUAGUAAGGUAGCAGAUAUGUUUGUGCUGAUUGAUAUCUUAUCACAGAAACGCCUGAACUUAGUAUGUUUCCAGUCCACAUCUCCUCCAAGGCUAUAGCAUAGAGCCACGCCCCCUCCAAGGCUAUAGCAUAGAGCCACGCCCCCUCCAAGGCUAUAGCAUAGAGCCACACCCCCUCCAAGGCUAUAGCACAGAGCCACGACUCCUCCAGGGCUAUAGCACAAAAGUCACGCCCCCCUUUGGGCUAUAGCACAAAGCCAUGCCUCCUCCAAAGCUAUAGAACAAAGCCACACCUCCUUCAGGGCUAUCACACAAAGACAUGUCUCCUCCAAGGCUAUAGCAUAGAUCCACACCCCUCCAGGGCUAUAGCACAAAGCCACGCCUCCUCUAAGGCUAUAGCACAAAAGUCACGCCUUCCCUAGGGCUAUAGCACAAAGCUCCGCCUCUUCCAAUGCUAUAGCACAAAGCUACGCCUCCUCCAAUACUAUAGCACAAAGCCAAAAGGGGUUUUUUUUCUACCUCCCUGCCAGAGACAAACAAGUAGAUGUAAAUGAUUCUUAAGAGCCUCUGUUUUUCUUUGUGCCAAUAAAAAUUUUUUUUAAUGAUUUAAGGAACCUUUUUCCACCACAAAGAACCAUUUGUGCAUUGGAAACUUUCCAUGGAUGUUAAAGCUUCUUCAUAGAACCCUACACCUUGACAAAGAACCAUUUAAGAGCCUAGUAUCAACAUAGAUCAUAGAUCAUCAGACGUCUGUGCAGAAGCCCUUGACUUGCUCAAGGGCACCACAGUUGUAGCCGGCCUGAGACUCGAACCCACAACCUUAGGGUUAGGAGUCAAACUCUCUAACCAUUAGGCCAGGACUUCCCCCAUGUUUUCACAUAUCCCAGCCAUCAUGCGGUGCCCCUGGAGCAGGUGAGGUUAAGGGCCUUGCUCAAGGACCCAACGUAGAUGUCUCAGCAGCUUGUGGGCUUGAACCCCGAAUUUCUAAUUAGGAACCCAGCACCUUGACCGCUGGACCAUCACAUGGACCAUCAUGGUGCUGAUGGAUGAUUAUUCGGUGACGUGCUCAAGGGCACCUCAGUCGUAGCCGGUCUGAGACUCGAACCCACAACCUUAGGGUUAGGAGUGAGACUCUCUAACCAUUACAUUAGGCCACGACUUCCCCCUUUCUGUAGUCUAUGUAGCAGUGACGGCUGUAUCGGGUGAUUACACGGAGCAGAACAUCCCUAGAUUUAGGCUAGCUUCAUGAAGCCUGGCAUCUCGGCAAACAUCUCACGUCUUCUCUUCAGUUGGUUGAAUCAGGAUCUCAAAUCAUUUGGACAUUUUUGUUAAAAUAGGUGUCUAAAGGCAAAAAAUAUGCGAUGCAGCCGCACUAAACCAGCAGAACUGGGAAAUAUUAAAUAAAAUAUUUAUAAAUAUUGAUAAUACUCAUGUUUUUCAUUAUUCAUUGUUUCAUUACAUAUGAAAAAAAAGCUACAAGAUUGUUUACUAUAUAAAGUUUAUUAUACCGAUGGUUUAGUAGGUACACAAAUAAAAUAACAGCAUUACUAAAUAAACUGUUAAACAAAGUGUUUAUUGUGCGCUUUCUAAACGUUUUCUAAACCGAUUAUCAUCCUAUAACGGUGCUGUCUGAUUUAUUACACGUCUCCUAAAGGCAGUACGUUCUUACGCUUUUGUAAGUUUUAUACUUGCUUUAUUUAAAACAAACUGUUAAAACCUCAUAUCUGGUGAAAAGUGUCUUCCAUAGUGAACUGACAGAACGAAGCUGUGCUCCAUUAUUGUGACUUUUCUGCCUUUUGUAUUGUAACUGCUGAUGAAUUCAAUGUAAAAUAAAUUACCCUGCAUGUGG